ACAGACAAACCAAUAGAUAUCUGUCUAUGUGAUGUAAUCGGUAUAAUAUUUAUUAUUGACACAGGGAUGAUCAUAGCAUCUAUUUUAAGCCCUAAUCCUUGAAAAUGAGUGCAAGUGAAAAUCUUAAUUCCGAAGAAAUCAUCAGAGAGCUGUGUACAUGCAAUGGUUUAAUUCCAGAGAAUAUCGAACAAGAUGGGCCGGGAACAACAACCCUUGAGAUGUUUUUCUCUGGUUAUCCGAAAAUGGUGGGACUUUCUUAUUUCCCAAAUCUGAUCCACCUUAUUUUAGUUGGUCAAAAUAUACAAGCCAUUGAGGGCUUAGAGUCAUGUCCGUUACUUCAAGAGCUAUGGAUAGCCGAAUGUAACUUAACGACAAUUGAAGGACUUCAUCACUGCACGCAUUUGAAAAAGGUUUUUCUUUAUCAUAACAAUAUUUCAAACAUUGAAGGCUUGGAAACACUUCAAAAGCUGGAGGUUUUAUGGUUGAACGAGAAUGAAAUUAAAGUGAUAAAGGGAAUGGAUCAGUUGCACAAUUUGAAAGAGCUUAAUCUUGCUGGGAAUUUGAUACAUUCAAUCGGUGAGUGCUUGGAUCUCAAUGUACAACUUGAGAGGUUAAAUCUGUCUGGCAAUAAAAUCUCAUCUUUCCAGGAAAUAACCAAUUUGGCAAGACUGGCAAACUUAAAGGAUUUGAGCCUAAAGGAUCCCCAAUUUAGACCCAAUCCUGUCUGUCUCUUAUGUAAUUAUGCCACCCAUGUCUUAUAUCAUAUACCGCAGCUACAGAGACUUGAUACAUAUGAUGUGUCUGACAAACAGAUAAAGGACUUGGCUGAUUCCACAGUACUGAAAAAAAUGAUGUACUACAACAUGCGUGUUAAGGCCAUCCAAAGACAACAAGAGGAAGAGAUUGAAAAAGUUAAUCAAAUCAAAUACGCAGUGAAACGUUUACCAGAAGAACAAAUGAAAGAACUUCAAUUCAUGGUGAAAAAUCUAGAAAACGAACUUCACUACCAGCAGUUAUCCGGUAAUAUUCCGAGGAGAGCUCCUGUCUCACACGGCAGCUGUAAAAGUCAAGACGACAUUGAAGAGUCCGUUCGCAUGUCUCGGGAGGAAAGUGCGAGGAAUGAUUCAAAUCUGAAGGAACAGAUGUGCAAAAAAAUAGAUUCCCUAAAGGGAAGGAUUCUAUUCUGGACAGAGCGCCUCCAACAGAUAGACCGUUUCUAUGAGAACGAAGUUCUGAAGACAAAAGAGAGUUUUGAUCUUUUGGUCCAGUUCCUUCAGACAGAGCUUGAGACCGUAGGGAAUGUGCGCUUUGAAGAAGGUUCUCCAUCAGAUGCCUGGUUUAAAUCUUGCUCUGAUUUGAUCUUAUCACGAUUUUGUGAAAGGGACUUUAAAGCUUUUGGUAUCUCCCGCUUGAAAAUAAACCGGAUAGUUCGAGUGCACAAUCGGAUUCUUAGGAAACAAUUUGAGGAUAAAUUGCAGUAUUUGUUGGAUCUUGAACAAACCGGAUUCUCCAAGAACUACAGAAAGAUGAUGGACUAUCUUUUUAAAGUAUUUUACCCCAAAUCCCCUGUAAACAAGAAGGAUCUGUUAAAAUGUCUUCGGGACGGUUUCAGAACCACCAAACAAUCAAAGAUGUAUGAACAGAAACAAGACGAGCCUGUUCUGCUUUCCAACAGUAUGGGUUUUUGUGAAGGCUCCAGAUUAGAGUUUUUACGAAAGCAGGCAGUGACCAAGGAAUCCAGAUAUUACGAUCCAGAGCUCUUUAAAUAUGGUAGAGUUGUCAUCUCCAAAGUUUUCAUUGCAAACAGUGUUCAGGCAUGUCCAAAUCUUCCAAUUAUACCUGAGAAUUAUGAAACGGCAAAUUCUGUCUUUAAACCACAAAACUAUGAGAACAGUGAUUUAUAUUCUCCGGGUGAUGGAAUCUGCUUCUCAAAAGAACACAGAAAUUGUGAGUGCCGUCUACGACAGUGCGAAUGGUUUGUGUUUGAUCCUGAACUAGUUCUGCCAGAAUACGUCAUUGAGUUUGAAUAUGUCCCUAUGGAACAUUCAUCCUUAUUUCCAAAAGCAAACAGUUUUGAAACUGAAGAUUUAUCACAUGAACUACAGAUUGAUGAGACCAUUAUUAAAAUGGAGCCAGUCUCUAAGCCGAAACCAAAAAUCGUCAGCCUGGAUGAAACCACUAUUCUAUCAGUAGCUAAAGCCAAUAUUUACAGCCAGAUAACAGUUCUGAAUUUACAUGGCAACAGUCUGAGCAAAUUAAAGGAAAUCGCAAAACUUAAUGGCCUUCGAAAGCUCGUUAUAAGUUUUAAUGAAUUUUCUACCUUGGAAGAUAUUUCCUACCUGCCUUCCUUGGAAUAUUUGGAUGCCAGCCAUAAUCGAGUGCUCACACUGGAAGGAUUAAGAGCUUUGGAAAAGCUGAAAUACUUAGACUUGAGUUGGAACCAGUUAACAAAGACCAAAGAAGAAAUAAGUACUUUGUGUAAGCAAGCAACGCAGCUUCAGUCCUUGAAUAUACAAUGUAACCCAUGGCUCAAGCCAUCUUUAGUGAACAAGAUUGCGAUUGGGCAAUUAAAGUCACUGACUCAUUUGAAUGGACUCCUGAUUACCGAAGAUGACAUUACUGAAGCUGAGCUGUUUUUCUCUGGAACAAGGAUCUCUCUGAUGUCACUGAUGACGAACUGUAGAACUGAUGAUUUACGACCCCGUUGCCUUAGUAUAAUGCCUUCUGCUCAAAUCCUCUCUCGAAUCAGCCCAAACUGCAUUUUACCAGGUGAAGUCAAUGCCAACUGCUAUAGCAUGAUUACAUCAGUGAAUUUUGAUGGCCAGAAUAUCUUCAGAAUAACAAAUUUAGAAAAGUUAGAAAAUUUGCGAUGGGCAUCUUUCAGCAACAAUUUUCUGACAAAAAUUGAAGGACUUGAACGCUGUGUAAAGUUAGAAGAACUCUCUCUGGAUGGAAACUGCAUCGUGAAUCUGGAAGGACUGUCAAAAUUGACUGAACUAAGACAUCUUAGCAUCAAUAACAAUCAGCUGGCAAGCUUUGAUGGCGAUAUUGAUAAACUGAAUCAUCUUCACUUCCUCUCUGCUGAAUACAAUAACAUCACCUCUCUGGCUGGUUUGCAAAAAGCCACUACAUUAUUCGAACUCUACUUAAGCUAUAAUAAAAUUGAUAACAAUCAGGAAAUCUACUAUGUAAAGGGCUUGACCAAUUUAGUCAUCUUGGAUUUGUUGGGGAAUCCAAUUUCAUUGAAAAAUGACUACAGAUUGUUUGUUAUUUUCCAUCAUCCAACACUGAAAGCUCUGGAUGGAAGGGCCGUGGAAUCGACAGAGAGUGAAAAUGCUAAGGAUGUGUUCGGAGGCAGACUUUCAUCAGAUAUGAUUGCUGAGAAGAUUGGUCAUCAGAACUUCCUUGAACUUACAGAAUUAAAUUGGAGAACAUCAUCUAUCAGAUCUGUGUCACUUGUUCCAGCAGAGCAGUUUACAAAUAUUCAUACAGUCAAUUUAGAGAAUAAUAAACUUGAAUCGUUCAGUGGAUUAAUUUUUCUUUCAAAUAUAAAGAUCCUGUACCUUAACUAUAACCACAUUGAAUCAAUACUGCCAAGACAGAAAUCUCAAUAUUUAACAAACCGGCAGAUCCUUCACCAAACUGUCAAUUCUAGUGGAUAUGGGAAGCAAGGAACAUCAAGGGGAAACAAGGAUCCUUUGUUCAGCGAACCUCUGACACCAAUAAUGCAAAGUUUAGAAGUGCUUCAUCUGGGCUACAACGGGAUCAGCAACUUGCCACAACUACAGCUAAACCGGUUAACCCAUCUGAAAUCGCUAUAUUUACAGGGAAAUGAAAUCAGCCAAGUGGAAGGACUCGAAAGUCUAGAGUUUCUGCAGGAGCUUGUACUGGACCAUAACCGUAUUAAACGCGUUACCGAAACUUCAUUUGCUAAGCAGCACUCUCUAGUCUUUCUCCAUCUAGAGGAAAACCGAAUCAGAGAACUGAAUUUACCUCCUCUCAUGAAGCUAAAGAAACUAUUACUGGGAUUCAAUAAAAUACAGGAAAUAUCAGAUGUGGAAAAACUUGAAGCCCUCCCUGCUCUGUUAGAACUGUCCAUUUCUGGAAAUCCGGUUUCCAGUAAAACGUUUCACCGUCCGCUUCUUGUGCUUCGGUUGCAAAAUCUGCAAAUAUUAGAUGGAAUUGCAGUGACCGCAGAGGAGAGAGCAAGGGCAGAGAUGCAUUUCCUGGAACAACAAGCGUUAUCACUUCCAAAUUCUGGUGUGGAUGUAGUGUAUCCUGUCCCAUCAUUCAUCAUGAUCGGACCUCCACCUUUACGAGUUAAUCACUUUUCUGGAGCUGACAUUCAUUUAAGUAAUGCACAUGAAGAAAGUCUUGGAAAUGAGGCAAAUAGGUAUAAAAAAUCCAAACACCAUGCUACAGGUGUUCUAAAUAAUCCUCGUACCCUCUAUACAGAGUUUAAACAACUCCGAGGUGGAAUAAAUAUCUCUCCAUGCUAUCUGCCGCAGCAGAAUGGGCAAAACAGAGUCUUGCACCCAUACCAGAACAAUCAGGAACAUGAAGUAAGGGAAAUGGGAGCCUAUGGAAAAAUGGAAAAUAAGAGCAGAGGAAACAAAUGAAGAAUGAACUAGUAAUAUUUUUUUAUCAGCAAUGAUUUACUCACCAACACAAGAUUUACCACAGAUCGAACAUUACCGGUUAAGUUAUUGAAUGUCCAAUAUAAAUAUAUAUAAAUCAUUUGUGUAAUAUGUGUAAUUCUUAAAGGAAUGUAAAUAUUUAUUGAAAGGAUAAAAUAAGUGAAUAUUUUAAUUAUUUUUUAUGAAGGAAAAUGCAUUGAUCCAUACUAAAUAACAAUCACAUUGAUAUGAACAUGUAUUACUGUCUCUGAAAAGAUAUGAAAGCCCCAAAAUACUAAACAUGGAGGUUAAAAUUUCCUUGGAGAAACAAUUGUGGCUAGUACGAGGACAAAAGAUAGCACGGGUCUGUUCCGUCAUGUUGUUUCGUCUUUCCCUGCCCGCCAUGUUGUUUAUGUGUUUGUUAAACCUCUUGCUGGUGCCAGGAUCCUUGGAUUUACUUGUCUGGAGAUGGACCCUCGGUGCCAUGGUGGGAUUAGAACACACCAGCCUCUGGACUGUUAGUCAGGUUCUAUAGAGGAAGCAAGCGGCA